AUGCCAGAGGCUCCUUUAAUAGUUGAUGGAAAUUUUGAUGAAAACAACAAAAAACUUCUUCAAUUUUUCGAAGACAUCACUAGUAAUCCUAAUGAUGUUCAAAAAAAUGUUCUUCAUGAGAUACUUUCUCGUAAUUCUGGUGUUGAAUACUUUCAAAGGCAUGGUCUUAUUAUAAAUGGCAACAAUGAUGACUAUGAAAAUUUCAAAAAAAUCAUGCCUAUUGUCACUUAUGAAGAUCUCAAACCCGAUAUCGAUCGUAUCGCGAAUGGUGAUCGUUCAUCCAUCCUUUGUUCUCUACCAAUUUCCGAGUUCCUAACAAGUUCUGGCACAUCUGGGGGAGAGAGGAAAUUGAUGCCAACAAUUGAAGAAGAGCUAGGGAGAAGGUCAUUAUUAUACAGCCUUUUAAUGCCAGUAAUGAAUAAAUUUGUGCCAGAUUUACAAAAAGGCAAAGGAAUGUACUUUUUAUUUAUCAAAUCAGAAGCAAAAACUCCAGGUGGUUUAUUAGCACGUCCAGUUUUAACAAGUUACUAUAAGAGUUCCUAUUUCAAAAAAAGACCAUAUGACCCUUACACAAAUUACACAAGCCCAAAUGAAACAAUUCUUUGUUUAGAUUCAUAUCAAAGUAUGUAUUCCCAAAUGCUUUGUGGUCUUUGUCAAAACACUCAAGUUUUACGAGUUGGUGCGGUUUUCGCUUCAGGUUUUAUUCGCGCUAUUCAUUUCCUUGAAAACCACUGGCCUAUACUUUGUCGGGAUAUAAAAACUGGAACGUUGAAUCCACAAAUAAAUGACCCUAUGGUACGCGAAUCCGUGAUGAAAAUACUCAAACCGGAUCCCUACCUUGCUGAUUUUAUUGAAAUGGAAUGUAGUAAAGAGUCAUGGAAAGGGAUUAUUCCUAGAUUAUGGCCUAAUACUAAAUAUGUCGAUGUUAUUGUUACUGGGACUAUGUCACAAUAUAUUCCAACCCUUAAAUACUAUGGUAAUGAUUUACCACUUGUUUGUACCAUGUAUGCUUCUUCUGAGUGUUACUUUGGUAUAAAUCUUGAUCCUCUUUGUGAACCUAGUGAAGUUGCUUAUACUCUCAUACCUACCAUGGGAUUUUUCGAGUUCUUGCCCGUUGCUCGUGACGAUCAAGGACCAGAAAACUCUAACAAGUAUGACAAAGAUGAUUUGGUUGAUCUUGUUGAUGUCAAACUUGGACAUGAGUACGAGCUCGUGGUCACCACUUAUGCAGGAUUGUAUCGUUAUCGAGUUGGUGAUAUACUGAAAGUUGCUGGAUUCAAAAACAAGGCACCUCAAUUUCAUUUUGUGUGUAGAAAAAAUGUUGCAUUAAGUAUUGAUUCAGACAAAACUUAUGAAGUUGAGCUACACGACGCCGUUUUAAAAGCAUCGACUCAUCUUGUACCUUAUGGAACAUCAUUAACAGAAUAUACAAGUUAUGCAGACACAUCGACAAAUCCAGGACAUUACGUUUUGUACUGGGAAAUCAACAAUGAUGAAUCCGACGAAACAUUAAUUCCAACAUCAGUGUUUGAAGAUUGUUGUCUAACGAUUGAAGAAUCGUUAAACAGUGUCUAUCGACAAUGUCGCGUUUCGGAUAAAUCGAUUGGUCCCCUUGAAAUUAAGGUAGUUGAAAAUGGUACAUUCGAUAAGCUUAUGGAUUAUGCUAUUAGCAAUGGCGCUUCCAUUAAUCAGUACAAAGCUCCACGGUGUGUUAACUAUGCUCCAAUUAUUGAGUUAUUGAAUUCGAGAGUUGUUUCGAGUUAUUUUAGCCCGAAAUGUCCUAAAUGGAUUUCUGGUCAUAAACAAUGGUCAUCAAGCUAAGAGAAUUCAUCAUGUACGAGAGUCUGGUUGAAUGAUCAGAAUAUUUACGAAUUCGUAAAUUCAAUUUCUUAUUUGGAUAUAUGUACGUCGAUAGGACCCUCCAAUAAUGCACAGGAUUAAACUUAAUUAGAAGUACUGUUUUGUUUUUUUUUUUAAUUUUAUUUUAUGUGUGUUUUUCAUGUACAUAAUUUAAGUUUAUGUUUUAUUUUUCCGUUUACUUGGUAGUACUAAAUUCCAACAAUAAACAACAUGGGGAUUGGAUUUAUUGGAAUUCCCAUCCAAUUACAAAA